AUGUCCUUCUACAACGAAGGGUACGGCCAACAACAAUAUGGCCAAGGACAAAACUACAACCACCGUCCUCGCGUCUCGGAACCAUGGGUCACCGAGUGGGAUGCUCGAGACAAUCGCUGGAUCUUCAUCAACUGCGAGACGGGCGAGCGAAGUUUCGAACAUCCUCAGCAGUCCUACAGUGACAGCUACUGGGGUAACAAUGUUCACGAAUACGAUGGCCAGAACCAAAGAGAAUACUUUGAACAAGAGCCACAAAAAGAAUCUCAUACUGGCCGAAAUGUUGCCCUUGGUGUUCUUGGUGGAGCGCUCGGUGGUGCGUUGUUGAUGCAUGAAGGGGAGAAAGUCGAGAACAAGUGGGACGAAGACAAGUACCGUCUGGAGAAUGAUGUCCGCCAAGGAGUUGACAAUGUGGAGCAAUUCCCAGAAGAUGCUGCUCGCUGGACUGGAAGAGGACUUCAAAACGUGGAGGACAUUCCCCAGGACAUCGAGAAUAAAUGGGACAACGCAGUCCAAGACGUCCAAGACGUUCCAGAAGAUGUUGCUGGCUGGGCCGGUGGAAAGGUUGGAGAUGUGGAGAGGUUCGACGAGAACAUGGACAACGCCUAUGAUCAAGGUCGAGACCAAGCUCGCUAUGACGAUGAAUACCGUGACAACUACUGA